CGUGUGUUAUUGUGCGGUUGUUGUGACACAGAGCCUUGAGUCAGUGUGUUGAUCAGCUUUUAGUGAAGGCAGGACAGAUCAUAAAGCAGUCGGAAAAGCACAGAAAUAGACUUGUUUCUCUCAGAUUGUAGUGAUGCCAUCCGACAGACCUUUUAAACAACGACGGACAUUCGCUGAUCGCUGCAAGGAAGUGCAGCAGAUAAGAGAGCAGCAUCCUAAUAAAAUUCCGGUUAUAAUUGAACGGUAUAAGGGAGAAAAGCAGCUACCUGUUUUGGACAAGACCAAGUUUCUAGUGCCUGAUCAUGUCAACAUGAGUGAACUGGUGAAGAUUAUCAGGCGUCGACUGCAGCUGAACCCCACUCAGGCCUUCUUCCUCUUGAUCAACCAGCACAGCAUGGUCAGUGUGUCCACCUCUAUCUCUGAGAUCUACGAGCAGGAGCGGGAUGAAGAUGGCUUUCUUUACAUGGUCUAUGCCUCCCAGGAGACAUUUGGCCACUAAGUUCUCCACUGGCUUCGUGUGACCAGAGAAAGCCAAAAGAAGCCAGGAGAAAGAAAGCAGGUUCCUGCUAACCGUAGCCCUGUGAUCUCUCUGUUUCUCUCUCCUCUCUGUAAGUUGUACCUUUCUCCUGCCAUCAUAAAGUUAACACUACGUUCAUUGUGUCUCAUUACGACACGAGUGUGCAUCUCACAGCACUACUGUAUCUACUAGUUUCUCCCUUUAACCUUUUUAUCAACUUGACUCUCUUAUUCCACUUAGUAAUGUUAGCCUCUGUGUGUGUGUGUGUGUGUGUGUGUGUGUGUGUGUGUGUGUAAAGAGCCACACUUAUACUCUGUGCUCUGGCCCUGACUGUUCUUCAGUUGAUUGUGUUCUUUGAUUUUAUUGCUAGGGUCAGUGUGUAAAAUAAUGAGUAACACGUUUCAUGACAUUGUACUGUAAGUAGGCGAGUGUCUGUUAUAUCCUUAUCCCCUUUUUGUUUUUUUUAAAUAUAUAUAUAUAUAAAUAUUAGUCUGUAGUUUUUUUUUUCCCCCCCAGUGCUUGCUUGUAGUGAUCAGCGAAUUGGUGCUGGAGUGAGAUUUUAAGAUAUUUCUUCAAAAGCAAAAAUAAAGUCUUAGUGAAGUCCUGUAAAUUUGUUUUACAUAUUAGCUUUUACAGCAGCCUCGGUGUAUGUACAGGAACACUACAGGCCUCCAAACCAACAUACAGGAUCUAAAUCUGAAUUAAUAAACUACCAAGUUUUGGGAAGACCCUGUACAAGACCCGUUCCCCACGUUCCCGUACUACCGUUUAAUUCAGAAGUAAAGUCCGUAUAGGAGAAUCGAGGUCGGAAAGAGAAAACAGGAAGCAGUUGAACUGUCUAAUUCUGCUCAUGGUCUUAUUUAAGCUAGAUAUGGGUUGGAGUACCAUUUUUAGUCCUUAAUGUCCCCAGGAUUAUAAUGUGGGAGUGUGAAUGUGGCCUGAAGUGUAUAUGACACAGCAGUCUGUCCUGUAGGCCUGCAAAAAUAUACAACUAAACAGAUCCCCAACGUCCAUUCUUCUGCCCUGCUAGAGUUUGUGAUGGGUCCUGUUCACUAUAUCACGUAUAAAUAAUAUGCUUCUUUUGCACAAAUAAACAGCCAAGAGGAUAAACGUCAUUUUCAAACAAUUUUUGGCACACAGUUGGAUUAUGUAUCUUGUUUCUUUCCUUUAUAUCACUAUGCGAUGUAUUUGCCUUCUGUUCCAACUUCAAUGAAGGGUUUAUGAUGCACUACAUAGAUUGCAUGUUUUUCUCAACCUUUUUUAUAUAUUGAUUUAUGCUAUUAGAUUUGUUAAUUAUUUCUUUAUUUAAAGUAGGGGGAGAAAAAAAAAAGUCUUUUUAGAUGUUUUAAAACCAAAAGAAUGAAAUGAAUAUGUAUCUAUGUUUGAAACUCAAGUGUAUAUAAACUAUCAUAUGAUUAGC